UAUCUCCCCCCCCCCCCCCCCCCUCGCCGCGGUGGUACGGUCCAUCCCGCGCAAUGGAGUCGGGCCCGGUCCCGCCGCCGCCGCCGCCCGCCGCCCCUUCCUUCGCCGAGGUGCUGCGGCUGAUACAGAACGGGCAGGAACCGCCGGGCCUACGGCACCCCCGCGCCUCGCCCACGGGGGACAGCCCCACCGCCUCCCGCCUCCCGCCGCCUACCAAACCCUGGGAGAACCGCACCGCGUCCGCCGGGCCCCGCUGCAGCCAGCGCUCGGAGCAUAAAGAACCCCCACCGCUCUCAACCCAGCAGCCUGGAGGGAGCAGUGAUAUCGCUUGAUUUCCAUACGCCACAUCUCAAUAGCUAGUGAUCC